AUGGGAAAGUGGAUAUUAGAUGGACGAGCGUAUUCUCUUGAAAUACAUUCCUCUUCUUCUUUGAUACAGCAAUACAUCCAUCAUGACUCUGGCACGAUUCUCAACCUCCUCCCUUCUUUACCGCUGAUACUACUCGCCACCACAAAGACCUGCCUAGCACAACAGCAGCCGUAUGAUGCAGCGCCACAGCCAACGGUAACCUAUGACGACGUCUCAGACUACGUGUCUCCAAACGCCACAGCAACCAUGAAUAUGCCGGCGCUAAAUGUCGUGUUCCUUGGCGGAGGCAACGGCAACGGCAACGACAGCCGAGUGGUGAUUGAUGAAGACAUAGGCAAUACACGCCUGGGAUGCACAAGACGGCAGUCUAGAUGCCGUAAAGACAUGCAGGUGGCUGUGUGGCUUGCGACGGGCGGCACGGAUAUGCAGCGGUUGGGCGGGCUCCUGGGCAUGUGUCAUGGUUAUAUGCUGUGGCAGAAUGGCAGUACAGAUGGGCUUGCGUUUACGCGGGAAGCGCUGGAGAGAGAGCUGCAGAUGACAAGGGGGAUUGCAACAGUAUCGGAUGAGGCGGCUGCCGAGUGGUUGGUUACCAGGAGAUGCGGGGGAAUGCAGAUGGAUGUGCCUGACGAAUGUGAAGGCUUGUUGAGGGUGAUUCGACCAGUGAACCGUAUCUCCGGAAUGCUACAGAUCAACAUGCGGGGCUUGGACUUGAGCAGUAGUGGUAGCUACGGCACCAAGGUUCCAACUACUGUCGGCUAUGACGUUGCACCCAAUUUCCCAACUAUCGAAGGGGCAAAUCGUUUGACAUGGAGGAGUCUGCGUGCAGAGGUUAUAUGCUUGAAGUCUGGGCGUGAGCAAGAGGGCAGUAAGAUGCCAAGGAAGGCAAAGGCAGUGCUGGACGAGGCAUUUGGAGAGCAAGAUGCGGGGAUGAGCAGCAGGAAGCCUCAGGUGCCGAGAGGAAAUUUGGACUUUGUGGUAGAGCUACAGGCAUAUAAUGUGAGCAGGUUUGCCAUGAUGAUCCUCUCCAAGGGGCAUGAUGUUUUUCCCCUCAACUACCACGACGACGGCAUGACUUGUCUCUUACCAGAUUGGUAUAAGAGCAACAAUGAAGCAAACCCAAAAGACCAAAUUGGCGGUAAAGCUUUAGCGAGACCAUAG